AUGCCAAUCACUCCUCUAGAUCUAUUCAUUAGAGCCACAGAUGCUGUGGUUAAGUUCGAGGCUCAUUAUAAUGCCCUAGAUACUGAUGAAUUAGAUAAAUAUGACUUAGAGGUUCGUAGUGAGGAAAUCCAAAAGUUAUGGGCACAGGCAUAUGAUAUGUAUGGAAAAUGCCUGGAGUAUUUGAUGUCUUCCGUAGAGGCAAAAAAAGAAGAUAUUGAUUCGGUUGAUACGAAUCGGGACACACCAUUAAACUCCUCUAUUGAUAGCUCGGUUGUGUCUUUAGUGCAGCAUUCAGUAGCUGGUCAGCUAGAUUCUAGAGUGAAUUUAAGCUCAUCUACUCAGGCUUCUCCUGGAGUAGGUAUUCCGGCUGAUACAUCGGCAAGCGCUACUAGGAGUUUUGUUUUAGAUCAAAUUCCAAAUGAUAGCGUUCAUAAUCUUGCGCUUCCGCCAUGUGAUACUGACGUUUUUGAAGGUGAUUUUCAUUCAUGGCCCACUUUUCGUGAUUUGUUUACAGCCGUUUAUAUUAAUAAUUCCCGGCUUAGUGAUAUCGAACGAUUGUGUCAUUUGGUUCGAAAGACUAGUGGAGAAGCUCGUGAAAUAGUUUCCAAAUUUCCAUUAACUAAUCGUAGUUUUGUUCUCGCGUGGAAAUCUUUAAAGGAAACUUAUGAUAAUCCUCGUGUUAUUGUACACAGUCAGUUGAAAUUGCUUUUUUCUUUGCCCGUCCUUGAUAGUGAAACUUGUUCUAAUUUGAAAUCGCUACAACGUGGCAUAAAUGGAUGUCUGUCGGCAAUGUCUACUUAUGACAUUUCUACUGAUAAUUGGGAUCCUAUAAUAGUAUUUUUGUGUUUGCAACGCCUUCCUAAAAUCACACAAACAUUAUGGGAACAGAGUGUGAAAGAUAAAUCUUCGUUGUCGUUGUGGAAAGAUUUAGAUGCGUUUUUGACAGAACGUAUUCAAACAUUAAUGUGUCUACACGAUAUGCGUGGUAAUGACGCGACAAAGCGUACAAUUAAAAAGGUACAGUCUCAUUUCACUCAUGGAGACUCUUCAGCCCAUUCUCAGGCAACUCGUCCUAAUAAUGAUAUUAAUUCGUCGAGAAAAACUGGUUGUUUACUUUGUCGCACUAGUAAUCAUAGAUUGUUUGAAUGUUCCCGGUUUAAAAGCUUGUCGUCCUCUGAAAAGUAUAAAUUUGUGAAACGCAAUCGUUUAUGCGUGAAUUGUCUCCGGAAAGGACACGGAGUAAAAAAGUGUGAUAGUAGUCGCCAUUGUUCGACAUGUAAUCAACCUCACCACACUUUAUUACACCGUGUAGAUUCCAAUUCGACUAGUUCUGCUCCGGUGAAUUCAGUUUCGACGAAUAAUAGGCCCGCAAAUCCUCCCUCGAAUGCAGAGCAAAAUUUACCAUCCACAUCUGCUGGUUGUGUUCCUCGUCAGGUCUUUCAUAUAGCUCAAAAUAGAUCUGUCUUGUUAGGAACAGCCAUGGUAAAUAUACUUCACUUAGGUGUUCCCUAUUUAGUUAGAGCUUUGAUAGAUCCAGCAUCUGAGUCCUCAUUCUUAUCUGAGCGACUCCAAAACCGUCUCAAACUACCUGUGCAUUCCACUAACGCUACUAUCUCAGGAGUAAAUUGUACUGUUUCCGCAACUUCUCGUAAAUCAUGUUCCUUGAGAAUUGGAAGUCCUGUUGAUAGCUGUGUUGUUUUAGAAACUAUUGCAUUUGUUUUGCCUUCUAUUUCGGGAAAUAUUCCAUCAUUUGCAGUGAGUUCGGACUUAAAAUCGCAAAUACCUGAUCUACAGUUGGCCGAUUUUAAUUUAUUUGAUCCGCGUCCUGUAGAUCUCUUAUUAGGCGCUGACCUCUAUCCGAAGAUUUUAUUAGCUGGUUGUCGAUCCUUAUUGUCUGGUAGUUUGCUUGCCCAGAACUCCAUUUUUGGUUGGUUAGUUACUGGGCCCGUUCCCACAACUGAAGUUCGAACAUUUGCUACCCAAAUCGAUAUAGCAGAAGAAGACUCGUUAAAUAAAACUUUGUUGCGUUUUUGGGAGUUAGAGGAACCUCCGAAACAAAAAUUUUUGUCCCCUUCUGAUCGUUUUUGCGAAGAUAAUUAUAAGAAAACAACGCGUCGAUUGUCGGACGGUAGAUAUAUUGUAACACUACCAAUAAAACCUGACAUUAAUUGUUUUGAUUAUUUGGGAAAGUCACGUGAAACUGUUUUGAAACAAUACUUUAGGAAUGAGUCGUCUUUGUUAAAAAAAUCGGAUGUUAAAGUUACUUAUGACGCGGUUUUACAAGAAUAUUUAGAUCUUGGUCACAUGAAAUUAGUAUCUCCCAGUUCCUCUACUAAUUCUUUAUCGUGCUAUUUGCCACACCACCCCGUCAUAAAUCCCGAUAAACAAACUACCAAACUUCGAGUAGUUUUCAACGCUUCCUUCAAAACCUCUAAUGGUAAUAGUCUGAACGAUUUGCUCUAUGUAGGUCCCACUUUGCAACUUGAUCUAGUGUUGUUGAUUCUUCGGUGGAGAGUAUUUAAAUUUGUGUUUAAUUCCGACAUCACACAAAUGUAUAGGCAAAUUCGUGUCGAUCAAAAGCAUACUUCGCUUCAAAGAAUUCUUUUCCGUGACUCCCCUUCCAAACCGGUUUCCGACUUUGAAUUACAAACGGUGACUUUCGGUGUAAAUUGUGCACCAUAUUUAGCAAUUAGAACGCUACUGCAACUCGCAGAAGACACCGAAGCUGAUUUUCCUCUCGCUGCGCACAUUUUGCGCAAAUGUAUGUACGUUGAUGAUGUACUGGCGGGAGCACACGAUCUGGAGACAGCUUUAGCUUCUAGAAAUCAAUUAAUUUCCGCACUCUCUUCAGCAAAAUUCGAACUUCGGAAGUGGACAGCCAAUAAUAUAUCGCUUUUAGAUGGAAUCUCUCCUGUUAACCUAUUAGAUGAGAAAAUAUUAUCUUUUGUAGAAUCUAGCAGUUCUAAGCCGCUAGGGAUAAGGUGGAAUGCACAAUUGGAUACAUUUUACUUCGAGGUAGCUCCAAUUGCGGAAAAAUCUACUUAUACUAAACGGGAAGUUCUUUCAGCCAUUGCAAAAUUGUUUGAUCCCGUGGGCUGGUUAGGACCAGUUAUUAUUGUUGCAAAAAUGGUUAUGCAAAAGGUGUGGUUGGACAACAUUGGAUGGGAUGAUUCCCUUUUACCAGCCACAGAAGCCGAUUGGCAUAGUUCUACUGACAUUGUCGCUUUGACUCCGGGUCAUUUCUUGAUUGGUGGUCCACUACUCGCUCCUCCAGAGCCCUUAAUUACUGAACAGCCCUUGUCUAUAGUGAACAGUAACAUGGAUAAAAUUACAUUUUUCGCUGAUGAUGGACUUGAGGACUACGACGAAUUGUUGGAGGAGAUCGAUAGAGCUACAGGUUCCUCUGCCACGGUAACUACUGCCACCACUGAUUCCCCGAUUAUAGUUCAGGAAGCUAUGGACACCUCUGAAAACGAUGCAGUUCCUCUAUCUCCGGUACCGGUACCUACGGCCACCAAAUCGAUAGAUGCUCCUGCUGUCACUAACGCGGCACUGGUUGCAUCUGAUCCAGUGAUUUAUCGCUGCAAAUUGUGCGACGGCAGACAUCCACUUCGCUUUUGCGACAAAUUUUUAGAUCUGCCUAUGGAUAAGCGACACAGGGCAGUCGUACUGCAUGGUUACUGCAUACGAUGUCUGGCACGGUCCCACCUGGCGAAAGAUUGCCGCAGUCGAAGCACUUGUCGUAUGUGCAAUGAACAACAUCAUACGUUGCUUCAUGAUGGUCCGAAGUCCUUUCCCAAAAAGUCCGUAUCUCGUCCUGCUC